GCCGCACGAUUCCAGGUCGCGCGCCAUGGCACGUAUAGCUGCCGCAAACUGUGUAGUUGUAACUACGAGAGCUCUCCGGUCUGCCCUGUGCGCGUCCAGGCGUCCGCAUUCCAGAGCAUUGUAGUUCUACACCAAUGUCAUGUCUUAUUAACGUGAUAACAGCGUUUGGGACUAUAUCUUAGAUCGUACAAGGGAGUAAACACGAAGGAAUGGACGAAGAGGGACUCUGGACCCGUUACAUAUAGCGGGUUUUUGGCAGGAUGAGACAUCCCAUGCUCCGGGCAGUUUUUGACGCUCCUGGCUUUGACAAGUUUGGAAAUCCGAUAGGAGGCAGCACCAUGUGCCGCUGAGAACUCACAGCUAAAAAUAAUCCGCUUCCAUUAUACUCCGUCUGAUCACACUCUCUAAAAACCCGGCUCCAGGAAUGAAGCUGAGUCCAUAACCAUACUUUGCCGAGAUUUUCUCAGUAUCGAUCCGGCACCAUGGCCUUCUGCGGAAGUGACCAGAAGGACUCCUACAGCGUGGAGGAGGGCGUCCUGAACAACGGCUGCUUCGUGGACGCUCUCAAUCUGGUCCCCCACGUCUUCCUCCUCUUCAUCACCUUCCCCAUCCUCUUCAUCGGCUGGGGAAGCCAGAGCUCCAAGGUUCAGAUCCACCACAACACCUGGCUCCACUUCCCCGGGCACAACCUUCGCUGGAUCCUCACCUUCGCCCUCCUCUUCGUGCACGUGUGCGAGAUCGCCGAGGGCGUCGACUCCAACAAGCGAAUGGUCAGCAACCACCUUCACCUGUUCCUGCCGGCAGUCAUUGGGUUUAUAGCGGCUACUACAUCCCUGGUGUAUUACCACAACAUCGAAACCUCCAACUUCCCCAAAUUAUUACUUGCAUUGUUCGUUUACUGGGUCUUGGCCUUCGUCACGAAGACCAUCAAGCUGGUGAAGUACGCGCAGAACAGCGUGGGGAUCGAGCACCUUCGCUUCUGCAUCACGGCCCUGCUGGUCCUGCUGUACGGCCUGCUGAUGGCGGUGGAGAUCAACGUCAUCAGAGUGAGGAGGUACGUCUUCUUCGCCAACCCCCAGAAGGUGAAGCCCCCGGAGGACCUGCAGGACCUGGGCGUGCGCUUCCUGCAGCCGUUCGUCAACCUGCUCUCCAAGGCCACCUACUGGUGGAUGAACCCCCUGAUCAUCGGCGCCCACAAGCGGCCCAUCGAGCUGAAGAGGAUCGGGAAGCUGCCCAUAGCCAUGCGGGCGCUCACCAACUACCUGCGGCUGAAGGACGCCUACGAGGAGCAGAGGACGGCGGACGACCCGGAGAAGGCCCCCUCCAUCUGGAAGUCCAUGUACCGAGCCUUCGGGCGGCCCAUUCUCCUCAGCAGCACCUUCCGCUACCUGGCCGACCUGCUGGGCUUCGCCGGGCCACUCUGCAUCUCCGGCAUCGUCAAGCACCUGGACAGCACCAACCAGACCGACGCCACAAACCGGACCGGGCCCCAGGCCAUGCAUUUUGGGGUCUACUUCCUGUCCUCACACGAGCUUCUCGAGGGAACCUAUGUCCUGGCGGUCCUGCUGUUCUUGGCCUUGAUACUCCAGCGGACGUUCCUGCAGGCCUCCUACUACGUCACCAUAGAGACGGGGAUCAACCUACGGGGGGCGCUGUUGGCUAUGAUCUACAACAAGAUCCUUCGCCUGUCCACAUCCAACAUGUCCAUGGGCGAGAUGACUCUGGGACAGAUCAACAACCUGGUUGCCAUAGAGACCAACCAGCUAAUGUGGUUCCUCUUCCUCUGCCCGAACCUAUGGGCCAUGCCAGUCCAGAUCAUCAUGGGUGUGAUCCUGCUGUACUACCUCCUGGGCCACAGCGCCCUGGUCGGGGCGGCCGUCAUCGUGCUGCUCGCCCCGGUGCAGUACUUCAUCGCCACCAAGCUGGCCGACGCGCAGAAGAGCACGCUGGACCACUCCACGGAUCGGCUGAAGACGACCACGGAGAUCCUGAGGGGCAUCAAGCUGCUGAAGCUGUACGCCUGGGAGAACAUCUUCUGCAACAGCGUGGAGGAGACCAGGAGCAAGGAGCUCACCAGCCUGAAGACCUUCGCUCUCUACACCUCCAUGUCCAUUUUCAUGAAUGCCGCCAUUCCCAUAGCUGCGGUGUUAGCGACGUUCGUGACCCACGCGUACAUCAGCCAUUCCAAACUCACACCGGCCGAGGCCUUCGCAUCCCUGGCACUCUUCCACAUCCUGGUCACCCCCCUCUUCCUCCUCUCCACUGUGGUCCGGUUUGCCGUCAAGGCCUUGGUCAGCGUGCAGAAGCUGGGAGAGUUCCUCCAGAGUGACGAGAUUGGAGAUGACAGCUGGAGAAAUGGAGAUAUGCCCGUGUCACUGGAACCCUGCAGGAAGCAUUCUGGGGGUACCAAAGCCAUAAACAGGAAGCAGCCCGUGUGCUACCAGAUGGACAGCUACGAGCAGCCGGCCCGCAGGCCACCACGGCCCAACGAGACCGAGGACAUCGCAGUCAAGGUGAGCAAUGGAUUCUUCACGUGGGGGAGCAACUUGUCGACGCUGUCUGACAUCAGCAUUCAAAUUCCCACAGGUCAGCUGACCAUGAUCGUGGGGCAGGUGGGCUGCGGGAAGUCCUCUCUCCUGCUGGCCAUGCUGGGGGAGAUGCAGACCAUCAGCGGGAAGGUGCACUGGAGCAAACCGCCAGAGUGUGAGGCGGCCCACGAGGGGAACGCAAGUAAGAACAGGUUCUCUGUGGCCUACGCUACCCAGAAGUCCUGGCUGCUGAACGCCACGGUGGAGGACAACAUCACCUUUGGGAGCCCGUUCAACAAGCAGAGAUACAAGGUCGUCAUAGACGCCUGCUCCCUCCAGCCCGACAUCGACCUCCUCCCCUUCGGGGACCAGACCGAAAUCGGAGAGAGGGGGAUCAACCUCAGCGGGGGCCAAAGGCAGAGGAUCUGCGUGGCCCGAGCGCUCUACCAGAACACCAACAUCGUCUUCCUGGACGACCCUUUCUCCGCCCUGGACAUCCACCUGAGCGACCACCUGAUGCAGGAGGGCAUCCUAAAGUUCCUCCAGGACGACAAGAGGACAGUGGUGCUGGUGACCCACAAGCUGCAGUACCUAAUCCAUGCGGACUGGAUCAUCGCCAUGAAGGAUGGAUCUGUGCUGAGGGAGGGGACCCUGAAGGACAUCCAGAACCACGACGUGGAGCUGUACGAGCACUGGAAGACCCUCAUGAACCGGCAGGACUCUGAGCUGGAGAAGGACACUGAGCCGGACAGCCAGACCGUGCUGGAGAGGAAGACUCUGAGAAGAGCCUUCUAUUCCAGAGAGGCUAAAAACCAGAUCGAUGAUGAAGAUGAAGAGGAGGAAGAGGAGGACGACGAAGACGACUCCCUGUCCACCACCACCAGCAGGCGGUCGAAGAUCCCGUGGAAGGUGUGCUGGUGCUACCUCUCCUCCGGCGGCUUCCUGCUGGGCGCCAUGAUGAUCUCGUCCAAGCUGCUCAAGCACUCCGUCAUGGUCGCCAUCGACUACUGGCUGGCGGCCUGGACCUCAGAAGCGGCGAACGGGACGGUCAGCUCCACGCCCAAGUCCUACGUGCCGGUGUUCAGCGCCCUGUGCACGGCGGGCAUCGUCCUGUGCCUCAUCACCUCCCUCAGCGUUGAGCUGAUGGGACUGUCGGCAGCCACCAGCCUCCACCACAACCUGCUCAACAAAAUCAUCCACGCCCCUAUCAGAUUCUUUGAUGUCACCCCCCUUGGUCAAAUUCUGAAUCGCUUCUCCGCAGACACCAACAUCAUCGAUCAGCACAUUCCCCCGACCCUGGAGUCCCUGACCCGCUCCACGCUGCUCUGCCUGUCCGCCCUGGGGGUCAUCGCCUUCGUCACGCCCACCUUCCUCAUCGCCCUGGUGCCCCUCAUCGUGGCCUUCUACUUCAUCCAGAAGUACUUCCGGGUGGCUUCAAAGGACCUGCAGGACCUGGACGACUCCACCCAGCUGCCGCUCCUGUGCCACUUCUCCGAGACGGCCGAGGGGCUCACCACCAUCCGGGCUUUCAAACAUGAGGCUCGUUUCAAGCAGAGAAUGCUGGAGCUGACAGACACCAACAACACAGCGUACCUGUUCCUCUCUGCUGCCAACCGCUGGCUGGAGGUCAGAACGGACUACCUGGGGUCGGUGAUCGUGCUGACGGCCGCCGUCGCCUUCAUCGCGGGCUUCGGGCAGAGGCUGAGCUCGGGCCUGGUGGGCCUGGGCCUGACCUACGCUCUCACCGUGACAAACUACCUGAACUGGGUGGUGAGGAACCUGGCUGACCUGGAAGUCCAGAUGGCGGCCGUGAAGAAGGUCAACAGCUUCCUGAGCACCGAGUCGGAGAACUACGAGGGCUCGAUGGAUGCGUCCCAGGUGCCGGAGGACUGGCCCCAGCACGGGGAGAUAAAGAUCCAGGACCUGAGCGUGAGGUACGAUCCCAUGUUGAAGCCGGUCCUGAAGCACGUCAACGCCUACAUCGUCCCCGGACAGAAGGUGGGCAUCUGCGGACGCACAGGCAGUGGAAAAUCCUCUCUCUCUCUGGCCUUCUUCAACAUGGUGGACAUGUUCGAAGGAAAGAUCGUCAUCGACGGGAUCGACAUCUGCAAGCUGCCGCUGCAGACGCUGCGUUCGCGCCUCUCCAUCAUCCUGCAGGACCCCAUCCUCUUCAGCGGCUCCAUCCGGUUCAACCUGGACCCGGAGUGCAGCUGUACGGACGAGGGCCUGUGGGAGGCGCUGGAGAUCGCGCAGCUGAAGAACAUGGUGAAGGCUCUGCCUGGAGGGCUCGAUGCGGUGGUGACGGAGGGGGGAGAGAACUUCAGCGUGGGCCAGCGCCAGCUCUUCUGCCUGGCUCGAGCCUUCGUCCGCAAGAGCAGCAUCCUCAUCAUGGACGAGGCCACCGCCUCCAUCGACAUGGCAACUGAGAACAUUCUACAGAAGGUCGUCAUGACGGCGUUCGCGGAUCGCACGGUCGUGACCAUCGCCCACCUGGUGUCCUCUAUCUUGAAGGCGGAGCAGGUGUUAGUGUUCUCCUCGGGGAUUUUAGUGGAGUGCGGCAGCGCGGCGAGCUUGCUAGCGCAGGAGAACAGCCUCUUCAGCGUCCUAGUGAGGACCCACAUGUAGCCGCGGGGCCCCCCCCCCGCCCCCGGUCCGGCCCCCCUGCAUCGAGUCCACACCAUCCUGACCGCUGACCUGGUGAUUGUGAUGAAGCGUGGGAACAUCCUGGAAUACGACAAGCCGGAGACCCUGCUGGAGCAGGAGGACGGCGUGUUCGCCUCCUUCGUCAGGGC